AUGGAGCUAUCAACCACGGCAAAUAAUGGUUACAAGAGACUGGCUCAGAUGAUGCUGAAGAGUCUGGGUCGAUGUGGUCUAGCCUGGGAAGACUGGCAGCAAAAGUCGGGUUUUGUGGGAGACCUGAUCAAGAAUACUGAUCAAGUGCAGAUCAAGCGAGCUUUGCGUCAUGCAUAUUGGCGGAGUUUAUAUCCUGUUCCCAAUCAACGUUAG